AUGGUACCAUCUCCUGUUGUUAAGGCAAUACCAGAUUCAACUACAUUACAAGCACUAUCAAAGAAAGAAGAACUUGAUUUGUUACAUAAUUUUGACUUAAAUGCUAAAUAUGGACCUUGUCUUGGUAUGAACAGAAGCAAAGAGGCAGUCUCGAUUACAUGUGAAAGACAAUUUAUAUUAGAAGCAAUUAAAGAAAGAAAGCGUUUAGAUGGUCGCUCAGUCUAUGAUUAUCGUACUAUUACAAUAAAUACCAGUGAUACAACACCAGGUAAUGUUUCAGUGACAUUAGGUGGGACAAGAGUAUUAACUUGUGUAUCCUGUGAGGUGGUAUCACCUCGUCCUCAACGGCCUACUGAUGGACAACUAUUUUUUAAUGUUACUCUUUCACCAAUGGCUUCACCUUAUUAUGAAAUAGGAGGGAGGUAUCUAACAUGUUUGUUUAUUUUUUAGUCUUUUCUUAGGCCCUCUCCUCUAGUUGUAGAGACUGAACGUUUAUUAGAAAGAUGUUUUAAAGACUCUCGUGCAAUCGAUACUGAAGGAUUGUGUAUUAUUGCUGGACAUAAGGUGUGGUCUGUACGCGUUGAUAUCCAUGUUCUUAAUGAUUGUGGUAAUAUCAUUGACUGUUGUACAAUAGCUGCUAUAACAGCAUUGAAACACUUUAGGAGACCUGAUGUUACUGUAGUCGGUGAAGAAGCUACUAUUCAUCCUGUAACAGAACGAGAACCAGUCCCUCUUAGCAUUCAUCAUAUGCCAUUAUGUGUUACAUUUGGGUUCUACCAUCUAGGGGAGUAUCUUUUGGUUGACCCCACACACGAGGAGGAAGUUGUCAUUGAUGGGCGGCUAAUAUUAGCCAUGAAUGUACAUCGGGAAAUAUGUACAUUACAAAUGACAGGAGGUGUAGCUUUAUUACCAGACCAGAUCAGGAGAUGUACUCAAAUUGCCACUGUUAAAGUUAGUGAAAUUAAUGAAUUGAUUAAAGCUACCCUUAAGGGGACAUCCUCAACAAUUAAUACAAUUACGUAA